UUAUUAAAUGGAAGAAUUUUUGUGGAAUUUGUGGUCUUCGGCUUGUCCUUCAAAAGAUUAUUUUAGAUUUAACAGGUAAAAAUAAUCAGGUCGGGGUUAAUGUUCUAACAUGAGACCUUGAACGUGAAUUGAGGAAUGGAACACUCUGUGUGCUAAAUGAUGAAUUAUUGCAAAGCACUUGAUCUUGUUUUAAGCUAAUUAAUUCAGACAUGGAUUGAUAUGAAUAAUCCCUUUUAGUCAUGUGAUCCAAAAUAGUCCUUGUGCUGAAUCCCAAGCCAGUAGAGCACCUUUGCUAAAAGGUUAAGUUUAUUGGGAUGUCUGGAUCAGGGAGGAUGCCAGGACAGUGAAGCUGACGGAUGUGAUAAUGGACAUUUUGUGUUGAGAAGCAGAGCUUGUGUUCUUUAUUGUCAUCUUUCGCGAUGGGUCAGCGACUCAGUGAGGAUUCGGAAGAUAAAGAGAUUGAUGUUGCAGAACUGCAGGAGUGGUAUAAAAAGUUUGUGGUUGAAUGUCCGAGCGGGACCCUCUACAUGCAUGAGUUCAAGAGCUUCUUUGGUGUAACUAAAAACCCAGAAGCAGCCGAUUAUAUAGAAAACAUGUUUCGUGCUUUUGAUAAAAAUGGGGACAACACUAUUGAUUUUCUGGAAUACGUUGCAGCCUUGAAUCUGGUGCUGCGAGGAAAGUUGGAGCACAAACUGAAAUGGACUUUUAAAAUGUAUGACAAGGACGGGAGCGGCUGCAUCGACAAAACAGAGCUCAGGGAGAUUGUGGAGUCAAUCUACCGCCUAAAGAAAGCCUGCCAUGGUGAACUUGAUGAAGAGUGUAGCCUGCUGACCCCAGAUCAGGUGGUGGACCGAAUAUUUGAGCUAGUGGAUGAGAAUGGAGAUGGGGAGUUGUCUCUGGAUGAGUUCAUUGACGGGGCACGACGUGACAAGUGGGUCAUGAAGAUGCUGCAAAUGGACGUGAACCCCGGAGACUGGAUCAAUGAACAGAGACGCCGCAGCGCCAACUUCUGAACCCCAUAUUCACCAAAACAACCCUUAACUUAACCAACAUAUACAGAGCAUGCAUACAGUCUCAGUCUUGGUUCAUUCAAGUGAAUUUAAGCCAUCAGUCUUUUUUUUUUUUUUAAUGUAGUGGUGUAACUCCCAUUUAUUUAUUUUUUUGAUAAACAGAUUUAAUUCUAUCUACAUGUAAAUAUACAUGUUUUCUUUAUUGUAUCUUUCAUUCUUGUUAGAAUUUUGUGAAAGGCUCACUUUCAUGACUGACUGGAUUUCUGACUUUCUAUUAUUAUUAUUCUGCAGAUGAGGUGCAUUUGAGUUUACUGUAUUGGCAUAUUACUCAACUUGCAGAAACAACAGCAGUUAAUAUCAAAUUGGCAUAUCUGAUGUUUGUAAAUACAUGAAUAUUGUAAAGAGUGAAGUCCCUGGAAGGUCUCAAUUGUAAAGUUAUUUGCAUAAUUAUA